CCCGGAUGCGCACCCAUCAGCUCUGAAAAUAAAGGGUUUGGCUGUUAGUGUUUAGUCAUCAAGUCUCACAUCAGAAAACAGAAAUUUAAGCCAUGGGGAAAGGCGGUGGCACUUUUGAACGACUGCUGGACAAAGCUACUAGUCAGUUGCUUCUGGAGACAGACUGGGAAUCCAUUUUGCAGAUUUGUGAUCUCAUUCGGCAAGGCGACACACAGGCUAAAUAUGCAAUUGGUGCGAUUAAGAAGAAACUUAAUGACAAAAACCCACAUGUGGCCCUUUAUGCUCUUGAGGUGCUUGAGUCAGUGGUAAAGAACUGUGGCCAGACGGUUCAUGAUGAAGUGGCUAGUAAAACGACCAUGGAGGAGCUGAAGGAUCUCCUUAAGAAGCAAACGGAGCCGAAUGUCAGGAACAAAAUCCUGUAUCUGAUCCAAGCCUGGGCCCAUGCCUUCCGCAACGAGCCAAAGUACAAAGUGGUCCAAGACACCUACCAGAUCAUGAAGGUGGAAGGUCAUGUUUUCCCUGAGUUUAAGGAGAGUGAUGCCAUGUUUGCUGCAGAGAGGGCCCCUGAUUGGGUGGAUGCUGAAGAGUGCCACAGAUGCAGAGUUCAGUUUGGAGUGAUGACUCGAAAGCACCACUGCAGGGCAUGUGGACAGAUCUUCUGUGGCAAGUGCUCUUCCAAGUAUUCCACUAUUCCCAAGUUCGGCAUCGAGAAGGAAGUGCGAGUGUGUGAACCCUGCUUUGAGCUGCUCAACAAAUCCCCUUUCCUCACCAGCCACCCCUCCCUCUCUCCCCCUCCUAGGAAAGCUGAAGGGAAGAGCAGCAGCGGUGGGCAAGCCGAGCUACCCCCUGAGUACCUGACCAGCCCUCUGGCUCAGCAGUCUCAGAUGCCUCCCAAGAGGGACGAAGCAGCCCUGCAGGAGGAAGAGGAGCUGCAGCUGGCCAUUGCUCUGUCUCAGAGUGAAGCUGAGGAGAAGGAGAGGAUGCGGCAGAAGAAUUCUUACUCUGUGUACCCCAAAGCUGAUCCCACCCCAGUGACCUCCUCUGCCCCACCUGUUAGCACCCUCUACUCCUCCCCUGUGAAUUCAUCUGCUCCCUCAGCAGAAGAUGUUGAUCCUGAGCUGGCCCGCUACCUGAACAGGACUUACUGGGAGAAGAAGCAAGAGGAGGUGCGCAAGAGUCCCACCCCCUCUGCUCCAGCUCCAGUGCCAUUGGCUGAGCCUCUGCCGAUCAGCCAGCCAGUGGAAAGCCAUGCACCAGUCCAGCCUAUCAACAUAGUGGAGCAGCAGUACCAGAAUGGAGAAUCGGAGGAGAAUCACGAGCAGUUCCUCAAAGCUCUGCAGAAUGCAGUCACUACCUUCCUGAACCGCAUGAAGAGCAACCACAUGCGUGGGCGCAGCAUCACCAACGACAGUGCCGUGCUCUCUCUCUUCCAGUCCAUCAACAACAUGCACCCGCAGCUGCUAGACAUCCUCAACCAGCUUGACGAGAAGAGACUGUACUACGAGGGGCUGCAGGAUAAACUGGCACAGGUGCGGGAUGCUCGGGCUGCUCUGAAUGCUCUCAGGGAUGAGCACCGCGAGAAACUCAGACGGGCUGCCGAGGAGGCCGAGAGACAGCGGCAGAUCCAGCUAGCCCAGAAACUGGAGAUCAUGAGGCAGAAGAAACAGGAGUACCUGGAGAUGCAGAGGCAGCUGGCUAUUCAGCGUCUGCAGGAGCAGGAGAAAGAACGGCAGUUGCGUUUGGAGCAACAGAAACACACCAUUCAGAUGCGUGCUCAAAUGCCUGCCUUUUCCCUGCCUUAUGCCCAGAUGCAGUCACUGCCACCUAACGUGGCAGGAGGGGUAGUGUAUCCACCCGCUGGGCCGCCCAGUUACCCCGGCACAUUCAGCCCUGCUGGCUCAGUAGAGGGUUCUCCUAUGCAUGGUGUAUACAUGAACCAGCCUGGACAGACUGGAGCAGGCCCCUACCAGGCCAUGCCUGUUUCUGCUACAGAUCCAAAUAUGGUGAACGCCUACAUGUACCAAACUGCAGGGACCGGUGGACAACCUGCUGCACCUGGUCAGGCGCCCCCUACCACCAAUCCUGCCUACACUAACUAUCAGCCCACCCCAACACAGGGCUACCAGAACGUGGUGUCUCAAGCCCAGAGUAUGCCCCCGAUGUCCCAGGCUGCCCCCACCAAUGGCAUGGCUUACAUGGGCUACCAGCCAUACAACAUGCAGAGCAUGAUGUCGGCGCUUCCAGGACAGGACCCCAACAUGCCUCCUCAGCAGCAGUACAUGCCUGGUCAGCAGCCCAUGUAUCAGCAGAUGCCACCCCCUGGUGGUCCCCAGCAGCAGGCGCAACAGCAGCCCCAGCAAGCCCCUCCUGGCAGUGCAGAGGCUCAGCUAAUCUCUUUUGACUGAUGGUCCACCUUAUGACAUUCUCCCACCCCACCCCCAGGUCCAGUACACUACAGACAGCCCCUGCACUUUUCCCUUCAGAUCCUGGGCUUUUUUUUCCCCACACAGUUGGGAUACUUGCAAGAUUUCUGCAACAGUCUGCUGGUUGUCAGAAAUUUUGUAAGGGUCUUUUGCUGCCAUGCACUCCCCUCUGUCCCCAUUGCGUUAUGAAGGAGAGAAAGUCCUGGUAGGGACCACCCCCCUCAAUUCUGCCAACUUUUAGCCUCUCUGUGUCUUGGUCUUUUGAAAUGUAUUUAGUGUUUCCUUAUGAAACAAAACUGAGGCUCAGCUAGUCAUUCAUAUUAUAGAAUUAAACAACGCAAAUACAAUAUGAAUCAAAACGUUAAAUAAGACGUUACCAUCUUUUUGUCUCAUAUUUUUCUAAAGUUGAUCUGCAUGUGUUUGUUUUCAGAGGUGGGAAUGAGUGGAUGUACAGCAACUCUUCCCCCAGCAAAGCAUUAUGUGCUGAUUUAGUGAAAAUGUUUUUAUUAUUUUCAGUCUUUAGAAUGGCUUUAGCAAAGAGAGGCUGAGAGGGAAGAAGCACUGGGAUUAAUAUUUAUGAUGCCGUUAAGAGCAAGACACUGAUCCCACUGUAUCUGUAUUGUAUCUAUGUUAUAUACAUAUUCUUGUAUUCAAUAGGAGUUACAUGGCCAUGAACUACACAAGAUCAGCCGUCUUACUCUGAAAAUUGUGACAAAUAUGUAACCGACCUCUUUCAGUUUUAAAAAAUGAUACACACUCUCAAAUCCGAUGACAUUCCAGAGCAAUGUUCCCUAUGGCAAAAUGUUUAUAGCAGGGUUUCAAAUUAACUGGAGUACCCUGCAUUUAGGACUGUUGUUAAGGAAUUCUGGCUAAUAAUUGCUGCAAUUGUUGGCAUGGAUUUCAGCUUUUGUAGAUUAAAUUAGAUGGGACAGCGGCUUAAUGGCCAUUUUGCGUUUAGUGCUGAUUUGUACAAAAGAAACUGGCUCAUGUUUCCAAGUGCUGCGUGCGUGUAGGUAGAUUUCCUUGGACUCACUGGGUAUCUCAACUGUUGGUCUUUACUGUAAGGUUAUCAGUUAAUCAGCUAACGUCUGACUGAAGGACUGAAAUGGAAAUUGGAAUGCAAGAUCAGUACCUGAUGGGGGAAAAAUGCUUGUGAAUUUUGUGUUUUUUGUAUAGUGAAAGAUGUGAACGAGAAUUGGGAUGCAGAUAAUGAAUGGCGUGGAUGUUGCUUUAAGAAUGGACUGGUACUGCAUGUUUGUUACCUACACAAACCAGUGACUUCUGUAACCCUUUAAUGCCAUCUGUGGACAACUUUCCAUCAUACAGAUCUGUCUGACUCUCAAAAGAAAAGAAUUUUAAGAUUAUAUUUAAUAAAUAUCUCAUUCUUUUAUUGUGCA